AAGAGGCUAUAGAAGAUAGAGAGAGAGGUGCGAAGAAAAGAAAGGAAGUAGGAAGUUUCAUAGGUUUUGGUUUUGGUUUCUCUCUAAAAACAGACUAGUACUACUGUAGGAAACUAAUAAAACCUAAUUCAUUCGAUUCAUUCAGCAUCAUCUUCAUUCAAUAUUAAUAACAACUACCAGUAAGUUAUCUGUGAGAGUCUUCCUAUAUAAACUGAAACCCAACCCCUCCAUUUUUACUCAUGCUCUUUCUUUUUCUCUUUGUUUUUGAUUCAACUAAGUUAAUACAUAAGAUUAGAUAGAAAAGAGAGAAAGAGGAGUUGAGGGUUUAUAUACUAACUAAAACAGCGAACCCAUCUCAGUAUUAUUCAACAACAAGAACGAGAAGAGCAACACAUAGAAAAAGAGGGUUUCUCAGUUUUGGAAUAAUCAAUAGAAAUGAAGUAUGUAUUGGUAACUGGUGGAGUUGUUAGUGGUCUCGGAAAAGGAGUGACGGCAAGUAGUAUCGGAUUGCUUCUCAAAUCUUGUGGCCUUCGAGUUACUUCCAUUAAAAUUGAUCCAUACUUGAACAUAGAUGCAGGAACAAUGUCACCUUUUGAGCACGGAGAGGUUUUUGUAUUAGAUGAUGGUGGUGAGGUGGACCUAGACCUUGGUAAUUACGAAAGGUUUCUAGAUAUUAAGCUAACUCGUGAUAACAAUAUCACCAAUGGCAAGAUUCACAGGGCUGUUAUCAACAAGGAGAGGAAGGGUGACUAUCUAGGAAAAACUGUUCAGGUUGUACCUCACGUAACAGAUGCUAUUCAAGAUUGGAUUGAACGCGUUGCUAUGAUACCAGUAGAUGGUCAAGAGGGCCCAGCUGAUGUCUGUGUCAUUGAACUAGGGGGCACUAUAGGGGAUAUUGAGUCUAUGCCAUUUAUCGAGGCAUUGGGCCAAUUCUCGUACCGAGUAGGCUCUGGCAACUUCUGCCUGGUUCACGUUAGUCUCGUUCCAGUUCUGAGUGUGGUGGGUGAGCAGAAAACAAAACCAACCCAACAUAGUGUACGGGGUCUAAGAGGAUUGGGAUUAACUCCAAAUAUCUUAGCUUGUCGCAGUACAGAGCCAUUGGAUGAAAAUGUUAAAGAAAAACUUUCCCAAUUCUGCCAUGUCCAGGCAGAAAACAUCAUAACUCUCCAUGAUGUCUCAAACAUUUGGCGUAUUCCUCUGCUUUUAAAGGAUCAAAAGGCGCACAAAGCAAUUCUUAAAGUACUGAACCUUCUAAGUGUCGUUAGGGAACCUGAUUUGGUAGAUUGGACUAGUCGGGCACAACUCUGUGACAAGUUGCAUGAUCCUGUCAAAAUUGCCAUGGUUGGGAAAUAUAAUGGCCUUUCAGAUGCUUAUCUCUCUGUUUUGAAGGCCCUGUUGCAUGCUUCUGUUGCAUGCCGAAAGAAGCUUAUAGUGGAAUGGGUUGCAGCUGGUGACCUUGAACUUACGACUAAGGAAGAGACUCGUAUGGCUGCAUGGGAUCUUUUGAAGGGUGCAAAUGGUAUCUUGGUUCCAGGAGGAUUUGGCGAUAGAGGGGUGCAAGGCAAAAUUUUGGCCGCAGAAUAUGCUCGUGAAAACAGAAUUCCUUUUCUUGGCAUUUGUCUGGGGAUGCAAACUGCUGUCAUUGAAUUUGCUCGGAAUGUUCUUAAUCUUCAAGAUGCCAACAGUACUGAAUUUGAUCCUCAAACUGCAAAUCCAUGUGUUAUAUUUAUGCCAGAGGGUUCAAAAACGCAUAUGGGAGGUACAAUGCGACUUGGAUCUAGGACAACAUACUUCCAGACCACUGAUUGCAAAUCUGCCAAGCUAUAUGGCAACGUAACCUCUGUUGAUGAACGGCAUCGGCAUAGAUAUGAGGUUAACCCUUCGAUGAUUAAACAACUUGAAAGUGCUGGUCUUUCGUUUGUUGGGAAAGAUGAAACUGGUGAACGUAUGGAGAUAUGUGAAUUGCCUCUUCAUCCUUACUAUGUGGGGGUUCAAUUCCAUCCUGAAUUCAAGUCAAGACCUGGAAAACCUUCUGGACUUUUCUUAGGGCUUAUAGCAGCAGCAUGUGGGCAGUUAGACACACUCAUACCAAAUUCUGGACGUGCUAACCAGCCACAAUCAUUGAAGAAGAAGGGUAUUACAGUAAUGAUCAAUGGAUCAUCAAUGAGUAACGGAUCAUCGGGCAUGAAAGUGCACCAAAAUGGGAACUCAAUUAAGGCUGCCAAUGGGCUUUUAAAUGGUGUUUAUGCUAAUGGUAAUGGUGUGCACAUCUAAUAAAGAAAAGUACAAGAAAAUAAAGAAAAAGUGGACAUGGUUGUGACUGGCGUUGCAUGGUGGUACGAUCUUAGGUUUUGCUCUACUGUCUGGGUUUGCCUUUUUCUAAUAUGAUACUCAGUUUGGUUAGCCCCACUGAUUGGUGGUUUGGUUGGUCUUGUACAGUCGUAAUUUUGUAGUCUUAGUCAAGUAAUGAACGCAGUGGGUUUUUAGUAGGUGAUUAGCUCUCAAGGGGUCUCGUGCAUGGAAUAGAGUAGGCGGAGCUGAAUCCUGAGUUUUUUUUCCUAACUGGGACAGCAAUCCAGCCAGCUAGUUACACCUUUCUGUUCAUCGUCAUAGUAUAAUGGAUUGAGGGUUUAAAUUGUCUAUUCUAUAUUUUUGUUUGUUCCAUUUUUUCCUUUUCAAACUGAAGAAGAAAAAAUCAUUAACAUUUGCAAGGGAACUUAUGCCAUUCCCCGUGCGAUCGAGAAACUAAAGCACUGCAAGGAAAAAUUGAGAGCUUUUUAUGUCUUAGUACUACUAUUAUUGUACUGUUGAUAUUAUGUAUCUGUCGUAUUUAGUUUCCUUGAAUCGAAAUUUGCAAGGUUA